AUGUUGAAAUUAAUACAAGUCGGUUUCACAUUAACCGAUAAAGAAGGGAAUUUGCCAAAGAGCGGUGAUGUGUGGCAGUUUAAUUUCCAAUUUUCACUUAACGAUGAUAUGUACUCGCAAGAAAGCGUUGAAUUACUUCGAUCGGCAGGCAUCGAUUUCAGUCGACAUUUGAUAGAAGGUAUUCGAAUGGCAGAUUUUGGCGAAUUAUUAACGACAUCAGGAUUGAUAGUGGAUGAGCAUAUAACAUGGUUAACAUUCCAUUCUGGUUAUGAUUUUGGUUAUUUGAUGCGUUCGAUAAUGUUGCAAGAGUUGCCGAAACAAGAAGUGCAGUUCUUUCAUUACCAUAAAACGCUAUUCCCGCGAUGUUAUGACAUCAAGAUGCUCAUGAAACAACCUGGUCCUGUUAACGCGAAACUUCGUGGUGGCUUGCAAGAGGCAUGCUGGGAAUUGUUUAUGGAAGCAAACGUGGGUGAUGCGGGUGGUCGUUAUUGUGCUGUGGCAGCAUACUGCCGUGAAGAAUUGGCAAGUAGCUUAUUAAUCACUUUAUUUUUAGUAUAUUUACGAUGUGUUGGUGGUGAAGUUGGUGCUACAUCAGCCUUAGCCCCUAAAGUCGGUCCACUCGGAUUGUCACCAAAAAAGAUCGGUGACGAUAUCGCAAAGGCAACCGCAGACUGGAAGGGACUUAAGGUGACGUGCAAAUUAACGAUUCAGAAUCGUGUUGCCAAGAUCGACGUUGUACCGUCAGCCGCAUCGUUGAUCAUAAAAGAACUGAAGGAGCCACCUCGUGAUCGCAAAAAAGUCAAGAAUGUGAAGCAUUCAGCUGAUUUAUCCAUCGAUCAGAUUAUUAAUAUCGCUAGGCAGAUGCGUCCACGUUCCAUGGCGAAGAAGCUCGAAGGCACCGUGAAGGAAAUACUCGGAACGGCUCAAUCAGUGGGCUGCACUGUGAACGGUCAGCACCCACACGAUGUGGUUGAUGCGAUAAGGAGUGGUGAGAUCGUGAUACCUGAAGAUUGA